AGGGCGGACUCGAGCUGCCUUCGGAGGCGUUGGUUUCUGUUUCUGUCUAUCUUACGCACUAUCUCCGCCCUCAAGAGAGAGACUUCUCCGUUAACCAAGCACCUUUUUUCACGCACAUCAAAAUUAGGUGUGACGGACUGCAGGAGCGCAAAGGACACGGCGUUAAUAUUGCACCGGAUUCCCCUUAAUCGGUAUGAAUCUCUGGAUUGUGGGGACGUCGUUAUGCCAAGCAGGGUGAACUACAGCCGCUUUCCAAGAUUAAGUCAUCCGAGCUAGAAGCAAGGAGCACAUCAAAAAAAAUUGCACGAAUCAGAUGUUCAGAUGCUGCAGCACAUCUUCGGGAUUUCACCAGUAAACACCUUUGGAAUGUUGAUUUUUUUAAUGCUUUUGUGGGUUUAGUGCGCACAAUGUGCAGUACGUUUGUGUGCUCGGAGUUGGCAUCACCUUAAUAAUUAUCCUCAUUUCAAAAUCGGCAAUCGGCGUGAUUCGUGUGCAGCAGUUGUAACCAUGCAGUGUCUGUGUUGCGUUGUUCUAUCUGUGUAGAGUGUUUUAAAUGUAAAUAUAAGCGAUGCAUGGUUAACUAAUUGGCUUUGUGGAUCGUUUAGACCAAACGCGCGAAUAGGACUUCGUAUCAUUCCCACGUUAUAAAGCGACGCAGGGGCUGUUUGAAGUCACAUGUGCCCAGAAUAAACAAUUAAGAUGACAAAAACCGUCCUCAGAAGAGAUUCUCUUUAUUACCGAGGAAGCUGCAUUGGUAUCACAUCUCAGUUCCUGUAUUGCAAUAGAGUUGGAGGACAGGGAGCAGAGGAAGAAGAGAGGGAGGAGAAGAAGCAGAGGAGAGCUGCUGAGCUGCACAACACAGCCACUGCUGAUAGGCACGCUUUGGCUUCAGUGAUGGAUUGAGCUAAAGGUGAUGGGACACCGUGUGACAGCCAGCUUCACGUUUUCCUCAAGAGCCUUCACGCUUGACAACGGCAAGGAUGGGCACACUGCAGCAUAGCAAGUAAACCUGGAACUUCAGCCCCUUCCCAAGUGCCCUGGAAACCCACUGGAGUCUGUCUGCAACAACAGAUGUAACUAGCUGUCAAGAUUUCUUCACCAGGAAGUCCUGUGAUUUUGGCUGCAUGGACACAUCUUCAAAGACGUGGCUGCCGCAUCAGAGUCAGUUUGGGUUGGUUGGUCAAGCGGAGGUUUGCUGUGGCGGACCUGGAGUUUUAACCCCAAACCAAUCUCGCAGGGCAAGUUUUGCCUCUGUAAGACAGUCAAGCAUGGAGACCCCUCCCAAUGCCACCCCACAGCCCUUUAGACAGCCGAGUUUUCUCAAUCGAAGGCUGAAGGGCUCCAUCAAGAGGGCCAAAAGUCAGCCCAAACUUGACCGGACCAGCAGCUUCAGACAAAUGAUUUUGCCCCGGUUUCGAAGUGCUGACCAAGAGAGGACACGCUUGAUGCAGAGCUUCAAAGAAUCCCACUCCCAUGAAUCCCUGCUUUCUCCUAGCAGUGCUGCAGAGGCUUUGGACCUAGUUUUGGAUGAAGAUGCCAUAAUCAAACCUGUCCACUCUAGCAUUUUAGGACAAGAAUACUGCUUUGAGGUGACCACCAAUUCAGGGACAAAAUGUUUUGCCUGCCGUUCAGCUUCUGAGAGAGACAAGUGGAUUGAAAAUCUGCAACGCGCUGUUAAACCUAACAAGGACAACAGCAGACGAGUGGACAAUGUGCUCAAGUUGUGGAUCAUUGAAGCUCGAGACCUUCCGGCUAAGAAACGCUACUAUUGUGAGCUGUGUCUCGAUGACAUGCUGUACGCGCGCACCACAAGCAAACCCCGGACCGACACCGUCUUCUGGGGCGAGCAUUUUGAAUUUAACAACUUGCCUACCAUUCGUAGCCUUCGUUUGCACCUCUACAAGGAAACUGACAAAAAAAGACGCAAGGAGAAAAGCACAUAUCUUGGCCUUGUCAGCAUCCCCAUCUCCAGCAUCACUGGGCGGCAGUUUGUCGAGCAGUGGUACCCAGUGGUACAGUCCAGUGUCUUGGCCAAAAGCGGAGGUGUUGGAAGUACCAAAGUGAUCAACGCCUCCCUACGUGUCAAGUCUCGCUACCAGACAAUGAACAUCCUUCCAAUGGAGCUGUACAAGGAGUUUGCUGAGUACAUUACUAACAACUACCGAACACUGUGUGCAGUUCUGGAGCCGCUGUUGAGUGUGAAAAGCAAAGAGGAGGUGGCGUUCGCUCUGGUGCACAUCCUGCAAAGCACAGGAAAGACAAAGGAGUUCCUUUCUGACAUGGCGAUGUGUGAGGUGGAUCGGUUCAUGGACCGUGAGCACUUGAUCUUUCGUGAGAACACGCUAGCUACAAAGGCUGUGGAAGAAUACCUCAAACUGAUAGGUCACAGAUACCUCAAGGAUGCUAUAGGCGACUUCAUUCGAGCCUUAUAUGAGUCUGAGGAAAACUGUGAGGUGGAUCCCAUGCGUGUCCCGCCAUCAGUCCUCGCUGACCAUCAAGCCAACCUACGAAUGUGUUGUGAGCUGUUACUCUGCAAGAUCAUCAACUCUCUCUGCAUAUUUCCCCGGGAGCUGAAGGAAGUUUUUGCCUCGUGGAGAGCCAGAUGUGCUGAGCGUGGAAGAGAGGAUCUCGCCGACAGCCUCAUCAGCUCCUCCCUUUUUCUUCGCUUCAUGUGCCCAGCCAUCAUGUCCCCCUCCCUGUUCAACCUAAUGCAGGAGUACCCCGCUGAGCGCACGUCCCGCACACUCACGCUCAUAGCCAAGGUGAUGCAGAACCUGGCCAGCUUCAGCAAAUUUGGACCUAAGGAGGAAUACAUGUAUUUCAUGAACGAGUUCCUGGAGAUGGAGUGGGGCUCCAUGCAGCAGUUUCUCUAUGAGAUCUCCAACAUGGACGCCGGAGGAAACGCUGGAGGGUUUGAGGGCUACAUUGAUCUCGGUAGAGAAUUGUCCAUGCUCCACAGCUUGCUGUGGGAAGUCAUGGGCCAGCUUAGCAAGGAUGCUAUUCUCAAACUCGGACCCCUACCACGGCUGCUGAAUGACAUCAGCGUUGCCCUGAGGAACCCGCAGCUCCACAUGCCUACAAAUCACCAGCCGGACCGACCGAAGGACAGACUCUUCUCGCGACCAUCUUUCAAUCGUCUCAUGUCCUCUGACUUCCAAAGCCUUAUGAUGCGUGACUUAAACAGUUCAAUAGACAUCUCUCGCCUCCCAUCCCCUACGACUGGAAUCUCGGCUGUAGAAUCCCUCUCAUCCAAUCUGAACAUGAGGCGUCAUGCAGAACGAGACCUCCGCUCGUCGAGGGAAGUAUUCUACGUGACCCGUCCACCGUUGGCUCGAUCCAGUCCUGCAUACUGCACAAGUAGCUCGGACAUCACUGAACCAGAUCCAAAGGUCCAUAGUGUGAACAAAAGUGUGUCCAUGAUGGAUCUUCAGGACUCCCGAAUGAACAGCAUUUCCAACCUGAACUCUGUGGGAGACAUGCUCACCUCCUCUCAAGCCUCCAUCGCCGGCCUGGGCCACAGCUUUGGGAACCUCUGUGGUCCUCUUCGUAUGGGAGGGCAUUUGCCAGCAGGUUCCGCUGGCUCAGGUUUGAGGCUGAGCCAGAUGGGCCACAUAGGGGGGCCCACCGAAUCCAUCUCUCAGCAGCAGCAGCAGGCAGCAGCGGCCAUGCACUUCCCCUUGUCUUUCCAGAACCCGCUAUUCCAUCUGGCCGCCCAAAACUCCCCAGCUCAGUCUCAAUCUCAGCCUCAUCCCCCUCCUCUCCUCCUCGCCCCCGAGCCCGAGAAUGGCCACCACGACUAUGCACCGGCCUUUGGCAACAGUGCAUUCUCUCGCAGCGAAGACUUGUCCGCCCUGCGGUCACAAAGCAGUCUGGUGCAGCCCAGCAUUGUCCACUCACACAGUUACAGUGAUGAUUUCACCCGGCAGAAUCAGAGCAAUGACUACGCUUGGCACCAGCUGUCACUGCAGGUGCAGGAGUCUCUCCAGCAACAGCACCUGAUGGGAGUUGUAUCUCAGACAACCACUGGGACAGGCACCCCUGCCUCCUUGGCCACACCACCUACUACAGUGCACCCAAGCCGCCAGUCAUCCAUGGCUCAUCCACAACAUCUAAAGUCACAGCGAUCCAUUAACACUCCAGCCACUGCCACACCACCAAAGGUUCGCCCACAGAGCAGGAACCUCCUCCUCGACUCUUCUGACACAAACUUCAGCGGCAGUCAGCCAAAAUCGCGCCAUUCUCAGCAGCCGUCACAACAUCAGCAGCAACAACAACAACAACAACAACAACAACAACAACAACAACUCCAACAGCAGCAACAUCAGCAACAUCAGCAGCAGCAACAUCAGCAACACCAACAACAACAGCAGCAACACCAACAGCAACAGCAGCAACACCAACAGCAGCAACACCAACAGCAGCAACAUCAACAGCAUCUUCAGCAGCAACAACAGGAAUCCCAGCUGUCUGUGACAGACAGUCCAGCUCCUGGACUCCCGUACCAGACAAGCUCCGCAAAAGAGAAUCCGGGCCCGCAGGCAGCUGCAGAAGAGUCAACAGACACGCCCACAAAAAGCACCAAGAAGUCUCAACCGACACAACUGCAGCCUCCACAGCAGCAUUUGCUCAAACCAGGCAAUAAACAGGGGUCUCCAUCGACCCUGAGCACCCCGGCCCUCAAUGAACGGACAGUCGCCUGGGUGUCCAACAUGCCACAUCUCUCUGCUGACAUUGAAAGCCUGCGGCCAGACCGUGAGGGUCAGCUGAAAGAGUACUCCAAGAGCAUGGAUGAGUCACGAUUAGAGAGGGUAAAAGAGUACGAAGAAGAGAUAUAUUCCUUGAAGGAACGGCUGAAGAUGUCUCAUCGCAAGCUUGAAGAAUAUGAGCAGAGACUUGUGUCGCAGGAACAGCAGACAAGCAAGAUCCUAAUGCAGUAUCAGAACCGCCUGGAAGACAGUGAGCGCCGUCUAAAGCAGCAGCAAGUUGAAAAGGACUCACAAAUUAAAGGCAUCAUCAACAGUCUUUCAACCAGGGCUAUGGCCACCCCGGAUCCUGACUGUCAAUUCCAAAGUGACCAGAGUUCAUGAUGGUCACUCGCGUGUAAGAAGACUGAUUCAGAUACUACAAAACCCAUGAAGAGAAGCUGUGCAGUGGAUCCAGCAGGACCACUGGAGGCUUUAUCUCACAACUUUCUUAAAAGAAACUUUGCACAUAUUUAAACUUUGCCUGUACCAGAACUUGACAAUCAGUUUAGCGUGAGGACCAAUGUGUGCAGUGAAUCGUCUGCACAUUCUGACUGAAAUGUAAGCCAAUGCCACAACAAUGGCAAUACUGAACCUAAUGAGUUUCUUUAUUUAAUAGGAAGAAGUGAGAAGACGUGUUUAAACACUGGGCAUGACGAUGGAUUCAUGAGUUUCCCCCACAACAAGCAGCACAAUCGCUUCUCACUUAAGCGGCUGCAGACAAAAUGUAGAAAAGGCUUUUACAAGCACAAUAUCCCCUCAUGGUGACGCCUUUGACAAGCAACAAGCGUGUUGUUAAUCAGUGACCAUCUAUGAUCCUCGGAUGCAAAGCCCAAGCAAAGACCCAUAUUACUAUUUGAUUCUGAAUGAAUCAUUUAGUAACAUAUUCUCUUUGCAAAGGAAUUUUUACUUACAAAAGUUGGUUAUCAUUAUGAUUUUUGCAUCCUUUAUAGUACAGCCAUCCCAUCUGAAUAAAUGCCAAACAAAUCUUACAAUCAACUAACUGCUUUAAAUACAAUCUUAACCUUCUCGUCAGUUGAUUUUCCUUUGGCACUCAGUGUAAAGCCACAACAGUCUAUUGACUUUCAGUGUAUAGAAGAAGUAUUUCUUAAAACUACUUUAAAUACUUCACAUAAGUAAUCUGACAUCAUAAUGUGUUUUGUUCACUUUGUAAUAAUAAUAUUAAUCAUAAUAAAGAAUAUACUGUAUGACAUUUCAAAACGGUGAUACAAAGUACUUUUAAAAAGACCUGACAUGAAAGAAAAAUCUUAUGUAAGCAAACAUUGAAUUUAAAGGGGAACUCUACCGAUUUUAUGCAGUACAGUACUUGUACUAUGGUAAAUUUAUAACACAGAGUCUGCGUCACAAACAUGGGGGGGGGGGGCGGGAAUUUGACAGACAUGGGCAUUAACCAGGGAGGGAUAAAAAGAUGCUAUUGGUUGAUUAUGAGAAAUGUAGGGUCGAGCAUAAGGUUCUAUUUACACCUGGUAUAACCGUGUGAUCUCUAUCAGGAUACAUUGUCUGGAUAAUGGCAUCACAUCCAUGGGCCUUGGCAUUUGCACCUGGUACGCUAAGACAUGUCAUGAACGAGUGUUAUUAAUUUACUUUUUGCACGUAAGACUCACUAGCUACUGCUACAGAUCACAUGUUAAUUCCAGGUGUUAAUGGUAUCUAAGAGCCUGGAUAUCUCGGCGAAUCUCAGCUGCUUUGAUUUUGAUCAUUUUUAUAAUCUGUCUCUUACAGUACAAACCUCUAAUGCCAUUUUUCCACUGCAUGGUAUGGCUCCACACCCUCUAUUUGGGUUUUCCAUUUGCAAAGGUAGUGGAUAGUAUCUGGUACUAUUUUUUUGGUGCUGCAGACCACUAUGGUCAGAGAGAACCGUCACUAGCGAGACACAGGACAUCCUGCACAAACCCCUGAUUUUUAAAUUGCCAAUCUACUGUCAAUAGCAACAGCAUUUUUUCCACUUGACCCAGAAAAAAAAAAAAAAAAGGCAGUCCAGAAGCAAGGUCGUGUUAAAGAGGAUGUUACGCAGUUUCAUUGGUGGCACUGGGGCGAUCAGCAGAGAAUCCCGCCUACAUGGAGGGGGUACUAUCUGUAGUGAAAACAAAAAGAGAAAAGUACAGAUACCAAAAAGUAAGUAGUCUAGCAGAGCCCCCCCCCCCCCCCCAUAUAUAUAUAUAUAUAGAUAUAUAUAUAUAUAUAUAUAUAUAAUAUAUUUAUAAUAUAAUGUAAUAUAUAUAUAUAUAUAUAUAUAUAUAUAUAUAUAUAUAUAUAUAUCUCCUUAAAGACAAUGUUAAAUAGAUUUUUAUAUAUAUAAAAAUCUAUUUAACAUGGUCUUUAAGAAAGGUGAUCAAAAAUAUCUGAAGGAUGAUUAGAUCCUCUAGAAGCAACAUCAGGGCUCCAGCUCAUCUUUAGUUUACAGUUCCUAAGGAAUGUUUGAGAGACAGUUUAGUUUAAAGCCAAUCUAAACCAACCAAGCUUCAAAAGUAAUGAAUCGACCUGGACAUUUAAAAAGAAAAAAUAAAUCAUGAAUUCCCUUUUAAUGUUUUGUUGUACAGCAGUUUGUAUCAUUGAUUUGAAAAGUGCUGUAUGAAUACAUUUUUUAAUAACUAUGAUUAUAAACAUUAUGUGCAACUGGAAACAAAUCAUAUAAUAGCAAGUAGUGAAUUACUCAUCUGUUGUUUAAUGUUUCUGAAGCAUAGGUGUGCAAAAGUUCUGCAUGUGCUUUUUAAAUGUGAGAAAGAGUAAGUUGAUUAGUUGUCAGAUAUUCUUCUAAUGUACAAAAAAAACAUUUGACAUGGCUUUCUUAUUGGAAGGCAACUUUUUUUUAUUCAACCUGCUGACUCUUCUGUUUUUUCAGAAGAGGGUGGCAUUCAGCCUUUUGCAUUAUACAACAUGAAAGUACUGAGAGAAAAGACCAGAAAACAAAAAAAGGAGCAACAAUGAAAACAACAGACCAAUAAAGAGUUUCCAAGCAGGGAUAUGCAGUAUAUGUGCAUAGGAUUUGACUGCCUUACAGUCUGUGCCACAAGGCCCAAAAUAACAAUGCCAAUACAAAAAACUUGUAAACUUUGUACAUUAAACGUCUUUUUUUUGUAGUCAGGUGAUGAAUUAAUACGCAGCGUGUUUGUUAACUCUGUAUGUUAGUCAGAAACAUUUAUAUUGCAAAUUUCAUGAUUGAUAUAAUUUAUCUUAACCUCAUGCCUUUAAAAAUACAUUUUCUUCAAAGAUAGAUAUAAAAUGAUAGUUAUAUGUUUAUGUUACCAGAAAUGUAUAAAAUAGCUUAAUGUAUAUCUAUUCUUAUAUGUAUUAAAAUUUAAGGGUAGGCCUUUAGGCAUGUUGAAAUUGUGGUAACAAUUGAUUCUUAUAUUAUUAACUCUUAAUGCUGCAAUCCAGAAACUACAGUGCUACGUGAGAGCAAUGUGUUAAUGGGAUGAAAGCUAAAUAAUUUCCAAACAUAGCACAUUUCUGUCCUGUGGAAUAAUAAGAUAUAUUCUUAAAGUAUUUCACAUACGUUUGUGUUACCAAAAUAGCAGUGGUGCUUUCAACAACACUGGAUUGCAUUUUUAAGUACUUUUGAAAUAUAUAGGUUUAUUUAUUACGCCUGCAUUGCAAUACAGUAUUUUGAAAAUGGUAUACUGUACUUCUGUUUUUAUUUAAUGAGAAGCUGCAAUCCAUAAUCUGACAUCUGUUUAUAAAGACAUACAAAUCUAUGAUAUGCCCAUGUACUCUAACUUUCUUUGUGUUAACUGCAGUGGUACAGUGUGCUACCUCUGAAAUCUUCUUACUACUACUACCUGAGAGGAUACUUUAUUCCAUGUGGCUAGAAAACCUCCGUUUAAAUUUCUAUCCUGGUUGCUCUGUCAUUGCUAUUUUAGGAUUUCCUAUAUAUAACUUUUGCCAUCACAGGGCCAUUUCUAAACUUUGUCCUGUUUACUAUUGUAUUAAAGUGCCAUUACCAUUAUAUUCAUCCAGAUCUCCUUUUAAUUACAUGAUGCGAUUGACCAUGUUCUAGGUAUUCAUCAGACUCUGUUACAGGUGUUAAAAGAAACAGAAAUAUUGCUACCAAGAACUUUUGAUAUCUUCAAUGCCAAAUGCACAAAAAUAUUGAGACACAAUGUUUGACCAUUAAAACUAAAUACAAUUGAAAAAGAACAUGAAAUGAGAAGUUUGUGCUAACACAACUACUCGGCCCACAUCUCACCCCUAUAAAUAGUUUAAUUUACACCUUAUUUGUUAGAUAAAAAGUUUCUUGGCCCAAAUGAAAAUUUUUACAAAUGCUUCAAAGUAUUACUGUUGGAAGAAGUGCUUUAUGUUUACAGACUCAUGAGAUUUUAGAGGAUGUAUGAACCUUUGUGGACCCAGGGGAAAAUAACUGCUGCUUUGCUGCAGCUCAAGCAGGACUUUAUGAAUGAAAAGAGAUAUCUUGUAUAUUUUGAAUGAGGGUAUUUAACACCUUUCAACAUAUUUAUGUUACUAAAAUGGAUGUAUAUCAUUAUGGAAUGAAAAAAAGUAUUUUUCUUGGCAGCUAUUCUGCACAAUUGAUCUACUGUGUCACACAUAUUUAGUUGGGAUUAUUAUGGGAUUUCUGACUUGAAUCGGGCCUACUGGAUGUAAUACCUUAAUUUACUUGACAUUUCUUUUGAAAAAAGCCAUGCCCCAUGGAUAAGCCAUAUCCUCCAGUCCCCUGAUGUUGUAUGGUGGUUGUUAAAUGUUGGUAGUUUUAUUUACAAUGGUAAAUAUUGUAGGUAUGAUUGCGCUUGUAAUUAUUAUUAUUAUUAGUGUAAGUGUACUUGAUUGAUAUGAUUUGUUUUGUUUUGUUUGUUUUGAACAAAGAGAAUGUAUUCAUUUUUCAGGUGAUUUUUCUGAGUGAUUUAAAUAAAGUAAUAAAUCCCUAA